AGGGGACCCGGUUCCUGCUUUCUGACCCAGUGGGCAGAGGGCGUGUUAAGUGCCAGAGACCUCGCUUCACAGUUCCUGCCCCUGAUGGAGCCGACCUUCAUUACAGUUAUGUGACCUUGAGCUAACCAGACAUAAAGCUUCGGCCUCAGCAUGUGCCUUCUUAGGCUCUUCCAGGCCUCGAAUCUCCAGGGGGCAUGGAGGGCCGCCCUCCGAAAGCAGGGCCAGAGCCAGCCCCCGGGACCCCACCGAUGGAUGCACUCUGGAGGCAGCCCCUUCAGAGCAGUGAUCUUUGACAUGGGUGGUGUUCUCAUUCCUUCUCCAGGGAGCUUGGCCCCAGCCUGGGAGGCUCAGAACAACAUCCCGUCCGGAACGAUACUGAAGGCCUUCAUUGCCGGGAGGGACAGUGGACCCUGGAUGAAGUUUAUGCGAGGGGAGUUAACGCCAGAGGAUUUCUUCCAAGAGUUCGGGAAGCUGUGUUCUGAAAUGUCUCGGACCACGGUGCCUGUGGACUCCUUUUUCUCUCUGCUGACCAGUGAACAAGUGGCCAAGCAGUUCCCAGUGAUGACCGAAGCCAUAUCCCAGAUUCGUGCAAAUGGCCUUCAGACGGCAGUCUUGAGCAAUAACUUUUAUCUUCCCAGUGGGAAAAGCUUUUUGCCCCUGGACCGGAAGCAGUUUGAUGUGGUCGUGGAAUCCUGCCUGGAAGGGAUCUGUAAGCCUGACCCCAGGAUCUACCAGCUGUGCCUGGAGCGGCUCGGUGUGCAGCCCUCCCAGUCGGUCUUUCUGGACGACCUGGGACAGAAUCUCAAAGCCGCAGCCAGCCUCGGGAUGCACACUGUGAAGGUCAACGACCCAGGCACUGCAGUCAAGGACUUAGAGGGCCUUUUGGGUUUUACGCUGAGAGCAGCUGUUCCGAACACUUGCCCAGUGAGGAAGACAAUGGAAAUAUCAACAGAUUCCUUGGAGCGGUACCUCAAAGGUGUCCUGGGGACCAAAGCCACAGGUCCGUUGGAACUCCGCCAGUUCAGUCAUGGGCAGUCAAACCCGACUUACUACAUCAGGCUGGCGGACCACCAGCUGGUUCUGAGGAAGAAACCCCCUGGGAAACUCCUUCCAUCAGCCCAUGCAGUAGAGAGGGAGUUCAGGAUUCUGAAAACCCUUUCCAGUGCUGGAGUGCCUGUCCCCAAAGUCCUGGACCUCUGUGAAGAUUCAAGUAUCAUCGGCACCCCCUUCUAUCUGAUGGAGUACUGCCCUGGACUCAUCUACAAAGACCCUUCUCUGCCAGGCUUGGAGCCCAGCCAGAGGCGGGCUGUCUACACUGCCAUGAACAGAGUCUUAUGCCAAAUUCACAGUGUGGACUUCCUGGCUGCAGGCCUGGGAGACUACGGCAAGCAAGGGGACUAUGUCCGGCGCCAAGUGCAGAUCUGGACUAAGCAGUACCGGGCCUCUGAGACCAGCACUGUCCCGGCAAUGGAGCGCCUCAUUGAGUGGCUGCCGGGACACCUCCCUGAGGAACAGCGGACCACGGUGGUGCAUGGGGACUUCAGGCUCGACAACCUGAUCUUCCAUCCGGAGAAGAACGAGGUGCUCGCUGUCCUCGACUGGGAACUGUCUACCCUGGGCGACCCCCUGGCGGACGUGGCCUACAGCUGCCUGGCUCACUACCUGCCAUCAGGUUUCGCAAUGCUCCAAGGUCUGAGUGGCCGCGACCUGAGUCAGCUGGGGAUCCCUGCGGCAGAGGAGCAUUUCAGGAUGUACUGUCAUCACAUGGGGAUCCCACUGGUGGAGAACUGGAACUUCUACAUGGCCUUCUCCUUCUUCCGCGUGGCCGCCAUCCUGCAGGGGGUCUACAAGCGCUCGCUCACAGGGCAGGCGAGCUCAGCCACGGCUGAGCACAGCGGGAAGCUGGUGGAAUUUACGUCAAACCUGGCGUGGGACUUUGCCGUCAAAGAAGGGUUCCGGGUUUUCAAGGAGAUGCCAGCCACGAGGCCAUCGUCGAGGUCCUUUCACACCUGGGCCAGCGCACAGACCCUGCUGCGCACCACAGGCGUGAGGUGCUACAGCUCCUUUCCAGAACCUUCCAAAGGAGCCCUGGUCAUCUCCCCCGAGGGCCUGCCCCGGCCUGUCCAGGAGCUGUACCACCAGCUCUCACGCUUCAUGGAACAGCAUGUGUACCCCGUGGAGCAGGAGCUGCGGGACCACCAGACCUCGGCGCAGCGGUGGACUCCCUCCCCGUUGAUCGAGGCCCUCAAGGAAAAAGCCAAGGCAGAAGGACUCUGGAACCUAUUCCUACCCUUGGAGGCAGAUCCUGAGAAAAAGUACGGGGCAGGCCUGACCAACGUGGAGUAUGCACACUUGUGUGAACUCAUGGGCAUGUCCGUGUACGCCCCGGAGGUCUUUAACUGCUCGGCUCCGGACACGGGGAACAUGGAGCUUCUGGUCCGGUACGGCACGGAGGAGCAGAAGGCCCGCUGGCUGGUGCCUCUGCUGGAGGGCAGGGCCCGCUCCUGCUUUGCCAUGACAGAACCCCAGGUUGCUUCUUCUGAUGCAACCAACGUCGAGUCUUCCAUCCGAGAGGAGAAGGACUGCUACGUCAUCAGCGGUCACAAGUGGUGGAUCUCAGGCAUCCUGGAUCCUCGCUGCCAGCUCUGCGUGUUUAUGGGGAAAACAGAUCCGCAGGCCCCACGCCACCGACAGCAGUCUGUGCUCCUGGUCCCCAUGGAGACUCCGGGGAUCAAAGUUGUCCGGCCCCUGACGGUGUACGGGCUGGAGGAUGCCCCAGGUGGCCAUGGUGAAGUCCUGUUUGAAGAUGUGCGCGUGCCCAAGGAGAACAUGGUUCUUGGCCCUGGCUGUGGCUUCGAGAUUGCUCAGGGCAGGCUGGGCCCCGGCAGGAUCCACCACUGCAUGCGGCUGAUUGGGAUGUCCGAGAGGGCGCUGGCACUCAUGAAGGCCCGCGUGAAGUCCCGAGUGGCCUUCGGGAAACCCCUGAUGGAGCAGGGCACCAUCCUGGCCGAUAUCGCCCAGUCAAGGGUGGAGAUCGAACAAGCCCGGCUGCUGGUGCUCAAAGCCGCCCACCUCAUGGACAAGACUGGAAACAAGGCUGCAGCCCUGGACAUUGCCAUGAUUAAAAUGGUGGCCCCGUCCAUGGCCUGCCGAGUGGUUGAUCGUGCGGUUCAGGCCUUCGGAGCAGCAGGGCUGAGCAGCGACCACCCGCUGGCUCAGUUCUUCGCCUGGGCGCGGGCACUGCGCUUUGCUGACGGCCCCGAUGAGGUGCAUCAGGCAGCCGUGGCCAAGAUGGAGUUGAGGCCCCACACUUAGGUCUGCGGGACUGUGGGCCCAGGGUGGCUUCACUGGGCCGGCAGCCUCCCAUAGCUCAAGACCGCCUGGUGUGAAAUGCCCUUUGUGUCACCAAAGUCUCCUGGGGUAGUCCCUGGGCCCUCACCCUCUCAUUCAAGCCCUGUGUCUGGAUUUCAGGCGGGGCCUGGGGCUUGGGGUGGGUCACAGCUGGGAAGCUGGUCUUCGGGCACUGUGGCAGGUGAGGCUGUGGGAAUCCUGCGGAGGCCUAUUUCCUAUGGGUCCCUCUGACUGUCCCAGGGCCAGAGUACUCUGGGAGAUGGCGUGAAACCCCAACCUUGCAGAGCAAUAAUUCACACGUGAUUCUGGAAAAGGGGCUUUGGGAACACAAAAGAAUAAAAAAUACAUAUAUUUUUAAUGUA